AUGAUAAUAAAUCUGUUUAGAGUAUUUGAUCCAUCUACUUCAAACUCACUUUCAUUAAAUUGAAUAAGAAUAAUAAUUUUUACACUUAUAAUUCCUAUAACAUUUUGAUUAAUUCCCUCACGAAAUUAUAUGUUAAUCAAUCUAAUCACAUCUUUUAUCUUUAAAGAAUUUAAAACCCUUCUGCAAUAUUCAUUUUCUAAUAUCAUCUUAUUCUACUCAAUAUUUCUAUUUAUUUUAUUCAACAAUUUUAUAGGAUUAUUCCCUUAUAUUUUCACAGCCUCAAGACACCUAUCUUUAAGAUUAUCUCUGUCUUUAAGACUNUGGAUUAGAAUUAUCUUAUAUAGAUUAAUCAAUUACUUUAACGAAAUAAUAGCACACCUAACCCCUUCCGGAACUCCAUCAGUAUUAAUACCAUUUAUAGUUAUUAUUGAAUCAAUCAGAUUAAUUAUUCGUCCAUUUACUUUAGCAGUUCGAUUAACAGCUAAUAUAAUUGCAGGACACCUUCUUCUUACCCUUCUUGGAUCUACAGGACAGGAAAUCUCCUUUUUAAUUAUUUUAACUAUUAUACUUAUAAGACAAAUCCUACUAUUUAUCCUUGAAAUCUCAGUAUCAAUCAUCCAAGCUUACGUAUUUUCAAUCCUGUCUGUACUUUACUCCAGAGAAUUAUAUGAUAAAUAAUCAACCCUUUCAUUUAGUGACCCCAAGACCAUGGCCUAUCUUAACUUCCUUAAGAGUUAUAAAUAAUUUAAUUUCAGUAGCAGCAUGGUUCAAUAAAAUUAACAUAUUAGUACUACUAUCCUUUCCUUGCACAAUAAUUUGUGCUAUCCAAUGAUGGCGAGAUGUAGCCCGCGAAUCCACUUAUCAAGGAUUUCAUACUUUAUGAGUUUAUAAUGGAUUACGAUUAGGCAUAAUCUUAUUUAUUAUAUCCGAAGUACUAUUUUUCGUAUCUUUUUUUUGAGCUUAUUUCCACUCAUCUUUAUCUCCAUCUAUAGAUAUUGGACAAUUAUGACCUCCUAUUGGAAUUAAACCUUUUAAUCCUUAUGACAUCCCUNUGUUAAACACAAUUAUUCUUGUAUCAUCAGGUAUCUCUAUUACUUGAACACACCANUCAAUCCUUAAUAAAAAUUUUAAUGAAAGAAAAACAAGAUUAUUAAUUACAAUCUUGCUUGGGGUUUACUUUACAUGUUUACAAGCUAUUGAAUAUUUAGAAUCCCCUUUUACUAUCUCUGACUCAGUCUACGGAUCUACAUUUUUCGUAGCUACUGGAUUCCAUGGGUUACAUGUAAUCAUUGGUACCUUAUUUCUUAUAGUAUGCCUAAAUCGACUUAUUAUAAACCACUUUUCUUCUCNUCACCACUUUGGAUUUGAAGCAAGAGCAUGAUACUGACAUUUUGUUGAUGUAGUAUGACUAUUCUUAUUUAUCUCAAUCUACUGAUGAAGAUACUAACAAA